GCCACAAGACUAGCGAUACGUAACCUUAAAUGUAAAAAUUAUUCAACAUAACAUGCUGUUCAUAACUUGAUCUAUCAGUGUGAGUGAAGAUUGUUCUGGAAAUGUUUAUUUUUUAUUAUCAUUGAUAUAUUUACGUAAUGACAAUGAUGGAGAAUUUAGAAAAUAUUAAUCCAAAAUUAUAUAAAAAAGUAGAGGAUAGACAAAUCACUGCUGCUGAGAAAGACGAAGAUAUCGUUGAUGCAUUUGAUGAAAGAGAAGUUUUUGAUAUUAUCAGAAAUAUCAAUGAUCCUGAACACCCCUUAACACUAGAAGAAUUACAUGUUGUUGAAGAAAAUCUUAUAGAGGUUAACGAUGCAGAAAAUACAGUUGAUGUUAAAUUUACUCCAACGAUACCUCAUUGUAGUAUGGCAACUAUAAUUGGCCUCACCAUAAGAGUACAAUUAUUAAGAGCCUUACCGCCUAGAUUUAAAGUUUCCGUACAGAUAACUCCUGGUACUCAUGCAUCAGAAGAAUCACUUAAUAAACAAUUAGCGGAUAAAGAACGAGUAGCUGCUGCACUUGAAAAUUCACAUAUAGUUGAAGUUAUUAAUCAAUGUGUUUCUGAUAUUAAAUAUUAACCCUUUCGCUACGGCAGUGUGCUCCGUCGGAGUGACGCCGCUGUACGGACCACCGUUCCGCCGGAGUAGCGGCACUGAACGGAGCACUGCGCCGAAAAAUGUGAAAUCGCGGGUCUCCGCACAACUAAAGAAAAACUAAGCUAAUUGUGUUUCUUGGCCAAAAACUUGAUAUAAUGGUAACUCUACGACGCUGAAUCGAAUGGUGCUAAUUUUUUGCAAUUAGAUGGCGCAUUUAUGAGAAAAAGGGUAAAAAGGGUAUAAAAGCCAUAUCUUAGAAUCUACACAUUUAAUCGAAAAAAGUUUCAAACAAAAGUUGUAAAGAAUUGAAAAAUACAUAAAAAAUGUUCUAAGGUAUAUCUUCGUAUUUGCAAAAAUAAGCGACAAAUAUUGGUAAAAUUGAUUUUAAGAGUGGGAGACAAGCCCCGCCUCUUCUUUGGUCUUUACACGCAAGCGAGUUAUUGUGCGUUGUCUUGGGGUCUCUCGGUCGUGAAUGCGAGUGCGAGUGAGAAAAGAAAUGGAUAUUUCUYCCUUUCUAUUUGUUUAGGCGAUAGCGAGUAUUUUUGUUUGGGCCAUCGAUUUUGUUGAGAGUUCUAUAUUAUAUUGGGUUGCCAAGAAAGUACUUGCGGAUUUUUUCCAUAAAAUAAAAUGUUUUUUUUUAAUAACGCUGUUUUUUUUUACUUGUAAUGAACUUUCAUCUAUGAUGUUUAGUCCAUUUUGUUCGAUGACCUUUUGCCAUCUCUCUGACAACUUGAAAWUUCYAYGCUCSUAGAAAGUCUGAUCUUUUUCGGCCAAAAACUGAAGUAAGUGCGAUUUUACAGCGUCAUCAUCAUUAAAAGUUUUACCACGGAGGGAGUUGUCCAGAGAUCGAAAUAAGUGGUAAUCCGAUKGUGCAAGAUCAGGGCUAUAUGAUGGGUGUAACAUUAAUAUGGCUUUUUUACCCUUUUUCUCAAAGAUCUCCUGAUCCAAUUGCAAAAAAAUUAGCACCAUUCGAUUCAGCGUCAUCGAGUUACUAUUAUAUCAAGUUUUUGGCCAAGAAACACAAUUAGCUCAGUUUUUCUUUAGUUGAGCGGAGUAUCAGGCAGAUGAUGUCGUCUAUAGGCGACGCUCGUACACACAGGACAUCGCGCGGAUGUCGCCUAUAGGCGACGCUCGAAGCGAAAGGGUUAAAAAUAAUAGUACGUUGAAAUUAUAUUUUUUGAAAUAUUAAAUAAGUUAGCGUGAAUCGAGAAUGUAUAAAUAAAUUAAUACUUAGAUUUUUAAUAACUAUUUAUAAAUAAUACUCAAGUUUUUUCUAAAUUUUUACAAUUAUUCCAACGAAUGAAUUACUUAUUUAUUUACUUUUAGUCAUUAUUUUAGGUUGUAAUUUUUGCUUAGUUGGAUCAUAUGAAUAUGUUUUAACUACAGGACCCCUUCCAGCUUUGUUAAAUAGGAUUGUAUCUGCUUUGUCUCUGUCAGCAAUCUGCUUUGCUAUACUCAUAUUUUGCCAAGCUGAUAAAAAAUAUAAAAUAUAGUUAAAAUUAAAUCUAAAUAGAUGAAAUAUUAUUAAUU